AUGACGGACCACAUCCUGUCCUCCGCGUCGCACCACUACAACAAUGUGAUCAACGACAGCGCCGUGAGCCUGGUCGACAUGCUCCGGUCGUCGUCCUCCUCGGCGGGGGCGGUUCCGGGUGCGGCGGCGGCGGCGCAGGGCGGCGGCGACAAGGUGGCCAAGAUCCUCAGCGAGGGCUACAAGUCCAACCUCUUUCGCCUGCGGUUCUGCAAGGUGGGCGACUUCAUGAUGUCAUCGCACAACCAGGCCUUCAACGAGGGCGAGGUGGCCUUUGGCGGCACCGCCACGUGCACGCUCAAGCGCCUGGGCCACAUGAUCUACCACACCUACCUGGUGAUCGACCUUCCAGGCAUCAAGGCGGCGCGGCGCGCGGCCGGCGCGGGCACCGGCGACUGCUCGCUCGACUACCCGUCCGAGUACCCCGUCGAGGGCGAGAUCCUCAAGCGCGCCGACGAGAAGGCCUUUGCCCGCUACGCCGCCGAGCGCACGGGCAAGGCCGCCACGGCCAGGGCGGGCAAGAAGAUCUACAACGCCGAGGCCUACGGCAGCAACAAGGGCGUGGGCGACGCCGCCACCUCGUUCGAUCCCGUCGAGCAGUCCAUCCUGGGGUUCGACCGCUCCUUCGAGCAGUCGCGGCCCGUCGACAAGAAGUCCUCGUCGCGCUCCCCGGAGAAGAGGGUGCGCGGCUGGGUGCGCUGGUGUAAUGCCAUCGGCCAGUACCUGCCGGAGAUGACGACCAUGAUCGUCGAGGACAAGAACUGGAACAGCCUUAUCAACCUGUGGCUCUACGGCUGGGAGGAGGUGGCCGGCUACGCCGGCAAGGAGCUCAACGAGCACAUCGGCAAGCGCGAGAACUGGAAGCAGUUGGUGCUCGACUCGGCCGACCGCCAGCGCCUCUACACGCCGCUGCCCUUCUUCUACACCCUGUGCGCCGGGUGCGUGUUCCCCUACGGCCAGAUGAACAAGCACAACGCCAGCAGCGUGGUCAAGAUUGAGGUCAAGUUCGCCGCGCUCAACCGGUGCAUCGUCACAUCGGGCCACGACAUCGUGCCGGUCAAGGCCGACGGCCACCGCCUCACGGCCAAGGACCUCGCCGCCCACCUGCGCGUCACCUACGUGCACCUCAACGAGAACGACGCGCGCACCUUCACCAACGGCAACCAGAUCCUGGUCAUCACGCGCGUGCAGCACAACAUCGUCACGCUGCCGCGCGGCCAGCAGCGCGUCGACGUGCCGGUGCCGCUCGGGGGUCCGCUCAUCAGCCUCAUGUGGAUGCUGCGGCGCAAGGCCAGCGUCGAGCAGAACUCGCACUUUAACUUCGCCGGCGUCAACGGGCGCGACCCGCUGCUGUCCAACGUGUUCUACGUUGACAACAAGCCUCUCUUUGGAGAGGGCGACGAGGCGCGGGUCUACCGCAUGCUGGAGCCGCUGCAGUCGUUCCGCAAGACGCCCAAGGGCUACAUCUAUGUCAAGUCCUUUGCCUGCGACGGCACGGCCGUGGUGCCCAACGGCAUGCUCAGCCUCAAGGACCGCCGCGCCUUCAUGCGCCUCAUCCUCCAGCAGGCGCUGGUCGCCGAGGAGGUCGAGUUCAUCAUGAUGGGCCGCAGUUUCGACGUCGCCGUCUUUGACAACCACCACCCUAGCCUGCUGGGCGACGACGUUGUGUGCCAGGCGUAA